AGUCGAGCUUGUAAAAGACACAUAAGCAGCGACAUUAGUGCAAGUUUUUUUUAACAACGUUUUAUCGGACACACUGUGGUCGAUAAUUUAAAAAACGUCAAAUAUUUAGGCUAUUUUGUAUUCGCCGUCUGGUCGACCCUGUGCUUCUUUUUUUUUUUUUUUUUUUUUUUUUGGAUGUGUACUUCCGCGUACAAUAUUUUUUUCCAACUGACACACGACAACUUUCGAACAGGAAACCUAUUAGACGCUUCGACUGUCGCUUUCUCUGUAUUUACGGCAGGGUGUGUUUGGGGCUCAGUGCUCUAUCCCAGCCAUGAGCAUCAUUGGGGCUGAGGAUGAGGAUUUCGAGAAUGAUCUGACUGACGUGGUGGAUGACCAGUGCGCACAUUUCAACAAUAUAGACCAGCUGAGGGAGCAUCCUACCCACCUGCUGGUCUUCAUACAACAUGUCAUUCUACAGUUUGACCCUGCACCCCUGCUGUGUUACCUCCACGCUGACCUCUUCAAAAACCUCAGUGCCAAAGAGACCAAGAAGCAAUUUGUGGAGUUCUACAACACUUUCUUGGACAAGGGUGCAAUUCUCAGAGUGGCAAUACCACAGCUUAUAUCCUAUGAAUUGGACCGAACCCGUCCAGAUCUCCUCUCUGAUGACACCCAAAGGCGUUAUGCUCACGAGAUUCAGGGCCUGCAGGCCGCUGAAGUGGCGAAACAGCUCGAAGAUUUUAAGCAGAAGAGGAUGAUGGGUAUGACACCCAACGAGGCUGAGCUUAUUGACGUGGAGAGCCACUAUCCCACCGACCGCAUCCCGAUGGAGAUGAAGGAGAAGUCUGUAGCUGAGAACCUGCUGGACAAGAUGUCUGAGACACAACUUUCGAUUGUUUCUGACGAGGACAAAUGCCAAUCCAUCUUUUCAGCAGUGGCCUUCUACAUGAAGCACCUUGGCGUUAAAACCAGGGCAGUUGACAGUAAGAAGUCCAGAGGAGGCUUCUUCAGGAGACAACUAGUAAAGAGUAAGAAGGAUGAACCCACAAAGGCCAAACCCAGAGGAUUUCCGGGGAUCCACAGCUGGAUUGCAGGCAACACUGAGGUCAAACCUAAAACGGAGGCUGAAGCGGAAAAGGAGAAAGUAAAUCCUGAGCGUAAGGGUCUAGCUUCCGGAAGAGGCUCCUUGACUGAGCCUGCGGCCCCUUCCCUCCCCAGCAAGAAGUCUGGUCCCAGUGGAGCCCCUGCCUCCGUACCUGGGUUAGAGAUCUGUGACGGCUCAGGCAACAACAUCAACAUCGCCAACAUCCCAGAGACUUCACACACUGAUAACCUCUCAAGCAAUCGUUUAGAGCCUCCAACCCUGUCAGACGGGGGUGAUGUGUCCCCUGUCGGGCUGGGAGGAGGAGUGACCAUCGGGGAGCCCCUCUCACCCAGCGACACUACCACAGAGGAAAAUCUAGAGAAAGAGAGACGGAAGACAAGUAGGAAAGUGGCGCGUAGCGAGAGUGCCCGCGUGGACCGGCACUCCUCUCGGCGCCGUGGCUCUGCCCGGGCCAAACAGUCUCGCUCCCGUAGUGAUGUGGACCUGCAGCCGCCGUCUACUCUGACAACAGCACCUGCCCCGCUCAUCCCCCAGCUUCUCCAUCCUUCCGAUGGACCGGUUUUAUUUCCUGAAGGGCCUGGCCACUCCCCCACCAGCCCCUCCCCACAGCUGGAGGAGAUAGAGCCACGCCUCCUGGAGUUUGAGCAGGACCCGCCCAACUGGAGAGAGUUGGCCUCCUCUGAAAGCCUGUCCAGUCUCAGCAAGAAAGAGACCAAGAGGCAGGAGGUCAUCAAUGAGUUGUUUGCAACUGAGCAUGCCCAUGUGCGGAUGCUAAGUGUCCUUCAGAUGGUCUUCUCCAAGCCUUUGGAGAGAGAGGAGCUCCUGACCUCCACUGAGCUGUCCGCCAUCUUCCCCAACCUGGAUGAGAUAAUCGAAAUGCACUAUAACUUCUACGAGAACCUGAAGAAACUGCGUUUGGAUGAUAAAUUCAUAGUCAAAUCCAUCAGUACCACAGUGCUCAACAGAUUUGGAGGUACAGAGGGGGAGUGGUUUCAGAAAUUGACAGCCCGGUUCUGCAGUCACCAGUCGUGGGCCUUGGACCAGAUCAAGAGCAGACAGAGGAGAGAGCCACGCUUCAACUCCUUCAUACUGGAGGCAGAGAGUAAGCCCCAGUGCCGCAGGCUGCAGCUUAAAGACAUAAUUCCCAUAGAGAUGCAGAGACUGACCAAAUAUCCAUUACUGCUGGAGAAUAUUGCCAAGAGCACAGAGGACCCGACUGAGAGGGAGAGGAUCCAGCAGAGCGCAGAGUGCUGCAGAAAGAUCCUCAACCAUGUCAAUGAGGAGGUCAAAGUGAUGGAGAACCUAUUGAAUCUGAAGGACUACCAGCGUAGAUUGGACACAUCAGGGCUCAAACCCAGUAUUGAGCUUUAUACUGAAUAUAAGAACAUCGACCUGACUCAGAAGAAGAUGCUAUAUGAAGGUCCUCUGACCUGGAAAGUCACAAAGGAAAAGGCAAUUGAGGUGCAGUGUGUAUUGCUUGGAGACCUGCUGGUGCUCCUCCAGAGGCAGGAUGACAAGAUGGUCCUCAAAUGCCAGAGCAAGAGUAACAUCGCCGUGCAGGAGGGCAAGCAGAUGCUGAGCCCUAUUAUCAAGCUGGACUCGGUCUUCCUACGGGAAGUGGCCACAGAUCGAAAGGCCUUCUAUGUGAUAUUUACCUGGGACAGCGGUGCUCAGAUCUAUGAACUGGUGGCUCAGUCUGUUGGAGAGAGGAAAAUCUGGACUGAUGUGAUAAAAUCAGCUGUGGAUGAUCUGAAGAAGAGUGGAGCACCCCUUAAGUUGCCGCUGCCUCUUGUUGGAGGAGCUCCCUUCAGUCCCACUGCGCUGUCUGCCCCUUUGAGCCCGACUGAGAAUGGAGGUUUGAAAAGCAGCAGUGAUCGCGAUAAGGACAGCUUGAUGGAUGACAAGUCUUCAGACCCCAGGCACAGGCUGAUUGAUUUCCUGUCAGACAAAGGCUUCGACUUGAUAGGCCAUUCCAACAGCUAUCAGGAGAAGGUGGCCAACAGUGCUUUGGAUGAAGUCAUUUCGCUGAAAAGACUGUUGGUCGGCAGCAUCAGUCUAUCGGAAGACUCGCAGCCUGAUGAAGAAAAUGGAGAAGAGCCAUCAGAGAGGCCCAGUCAGGAAGUAGAGAGCUGUCAGUCGACAGAAGAAAGCCAGACCACAGACAGGGGAGCGUGGGAGGAGAACGAAAAAGAAGGUGCAGGGGCGAAGGGAGAGGAGAAGAGGAGCAUCAGCGCGCCCCUGGUGCUGUCCCAGGAGAGGAUGGAGGAAGUGUGCAGGAGGCUUCACAGUCUGGAGGAACAACUAAAGAUACUACAGACUGUAGAAGAGGAGCACCACAGGCUGCAGGAGGCCCUUUCCAAGUUCUCGCUUGGGGGGGGUAACUUCCAGUGAGACCACGCCACCUGCUGGCCACUUGAUUUUUACUGGUGCUGGUUUGGAGUGCAAGAGUGACUUUCGGAGGCUUCCCUGGAAAUUCCUACACUCAUAAGUCAUGCCUGGACCCUUUGCUGCAUUAGAGUGCACAGUGCAGUGGUUCAGUGAUGAAACAUGGGAUGGGACAUAUGUGCAUGUGUAUGUGUGUCUGUUUGCGUGCGUGCUUGGUAGAGAGGUAUACAAAGAAAAGAAAAAAAUGAGACAUCCUACUUUAGAGUGGGAGCUCGUUUUUGUAGAGAGGUGCCAAAAAAAUUAUGCAAUAUAUUUGCUGAGAGAGAUGCUGCCUAACAAAAUGUAGUGAGUGCGAUCUGCUGUAACACACAUACGCACACCAGAGACAUGCACGCUAGAAAAUAAUUUACAUUAUUGCCAGUAGCAGAUGCACAGUAAAGGAGAAAUCCUAUGUUUGCCUGCCAAGUUAGCUAUAACCAGUUGGAAGCCUUAAAGGGCCAAUGUAUAGGGUUUGAAGAUGUAUUGAGAUACUACUGCUGAUAUAUAGUGUUAUUUCUAGUCUAUGCCAAAGUACCACAGAGAUGCACUUUUUCUAAUCAAAACAAGUGAAACCAACAUUGUCUUUUGCAAAAUGUAUUACGUUGUUUUUCUAUUCAGUACAGUUUUUUAACUGUUGGGCUUCAUGUAGGCAGCCCUCAUUACUGAAAAUACUGCAUGCAAGAAAGUGUGUGUAUGUGUGUUACACAAAGUUUUUAAUUAAGGACGUGCUUGUUUGGAGGGUCCUUACUGUCAUUAGGUCACAAAGAAACAUUUACAAAUAGUGGCACCAUAGGUAAUCAUGCUGUUAAUAAUGGAGACUUGUUUGUAUUUACCGCUUUUAUUUAUUCCACUGAGUUCUGCUGGGUCAGUGAGUUGCCUCACCUGAGUGAAACUGUUACAGCACUGGGCCAAAAAGAGAUGAGGCAAUGUGUUAGAGAGAAAAAAAUCAUAAGAAGGCAAACCUGGAAUGUGUAAGAAAGAUCAAGGUAGAGGUGAAGAAGAGAAAUGUAGGGUCGGGGAGAGAGUUAGAGGCUGUUGCUUUUGGUUUAUUUGAAGCAAGCUUGAACCAGACGGUCAUCAGGAGAUUUGGGGGGGGGGGGACAACAUGAGAUUAGAAUUUGCGCUCACUGUACUGUAGAAAAAUAUAGACACACAUACAUAUGUACAAACCUACAAACACUGAGAGCCCAGUGCUACAGAAGUGUUCACAAAGGUCUUUCAGUGCCAGCAUCAUUUUGGCAGUGUGAGGUUAUAAAUUGUAUUAUAGGACAUCAGAUUCACAUGUUGUUAGUAAAAGAUUAUAUUCUUCCCUGGUAGAAAUAUUUGUAUCAAAAUUGAGCUCUGUCUGUGUAUUUUAUUCAGCAGUUGACUGUAAUUAUAAUUAUGAUGAUAUAAUUUCUGAGUAGUGGCAUAACUGUGGCCUUGCACACAGGACCAAAGACAAAGCACCGUUAGAUCCUCAACAUGAGCUGUAAUUUUCUUAACGACACGCUUCAUCUGUAUAUUUGCAUGUCACUUAAUGCUGAUGCAGGAGAGACGGAGACACGUGUUGGAGUUUCUCCAACACGAGUUUCUCCAACACGUGUCUGGCUACUUAAGUGAAGGGAUUUCAAAAGCACUAGUUGUCAUAUAAAAAUACCUGGUCUCAAUUGUCUCGUAAAUGUACAAGUAAAUAUUGAGGCAAAGAAUGUCGGACUGCUCUAGCCUUGUGAGCGAACCCAAACAGAAUCUGUAGAUGUGCGAUUUCUUGCAUACACUUCAGUGACUUCAGUGUCUGUCUGGGUCAAUAAGUGUAAAAGCCAGUGUGACUGCCAUAAGCUGUACUGUUCUGACCUGGAUAGAGGACUGUUAACACCUCUGGUGCUAAAUUGAACACAUGGGACCUGUUUCAGCAAGGACAACAAGACAGAGGAGCCAGAUGAGGAUACAAAGGAAACAUUGAAGGUUUGGAGGAAGGAAGACUGCAGUCUCAUUCCAACGUCUCUCUCCCAGUACUGUAAUCAUGAACGCUUCCUGAUUUGCAUUCUCAUUGUUGUUGCCACAACAACAAAUGCCCCCUCUGACCCUAUUAAAACCUCAGUAUGAAAUUAUGCAAAUGAUGGUUUCAUUAGUCAUUCAAAUGUCACAAGUUGCUAAAUUAUAUAAGUUUGUGUUUGAACAAUUCUGUCAUCCCUCCUAGACAUUGUACAUAGAUGUUAGCUUGAAGGGGAAAAAAAGUAGAGAAAGCAUAAAUUAACCCCACUCUUUGUGUUUAUUACGCUUAUUAGCCACAUGAACUUCUUGAUAAACACCCUCACUUUCCAUAGCAUGAUCACCUUUUCCUACCGCAGUUUUACUAUAUGUUGUUGUGUAUUUCAUUUAAUUUUCUUAAACGGGUCGGGGAGGUUUUUGUUACGGUUUGGGGUUUUUUUUCCCCAAACAAGCUUUUGUAAUUAUGUAUAUGCAUUUGGCCAUAACGGUGAGAGAGACAGGACUUGUCUGUAACUUGUCAAUGCAUAAGUGAAUUUAACAACUAUGCAAAUAUUGUAUCUGUAUUUUUGUGGCGUGCAUGUUAAAGAGUAAAAUCUGCUCUGCACUGUGGCUAUCCAGUUAAACAAUGGGAUACAGAUUCAGAUCAUCUCAACCAGGGAUUUUUAACUGUAAGACUGCAAUAGUCAGCAGGUGACACUCAGUUAACACCAGCUGAUGGUGAUCCCUUCACUCACUGGCUGAAUGACUACUACAGGCCUCUCUCUCUCUCUCUCUCUCUCUCUCUCUCUCUCUCUCUCUCUCUCUCUCUCUCUCUCUCUCUCUCUCUCUCUCUCUUUCUUCCCCUCCCCCCUCCAGAUGCUUUUCCUCUUGCAUUCUUUAUACAAAUAUCUAGAUGCAUAGAAAAUGUAUUUAUAGAGUGGUGCCUUGUUCUGAUGAUCAAGUUGUUUUUGUCAUAAAGGGCUCUAAAGUCUGCAAAUACAAUCACUGUUGUUUGGUUGUCUUUCAUGGAGGACUGUGAAAUUGACCUUUGAGAGUGAGAGACAAUGACCCAGUCACUAAUAAGCAUUGAGAGAUCAUCCCAGGAUUCUGUUUUUAGCAAUAGGGUUUGAGCCCUCCACCAACUUAGCCAGCCAGCGCCCUGUAUAGAAAAGACACUGCUCUUUGUCACAAGGCAUCUGCCAUCUUUCUAUCUAUAAACAAGAAAUAUGCAAGAACUAUACUGUGUAUUUGGCUUUUUAUUUUUUUGUAAGAGGCUCUUUUAAUGAUGUAUACUUCAGGAAAAUUGUGGUACGUUCUGUUUUUUAAUUCUUCAUUUUUUAAAUAAAUUGAGGAAACCAA